AUGUCGACUCAACCGGGUCCAGCCACUGGUGGUCAUGGCCCAGGAGAGCAGGCUCCUCAGCAGGCUCCUCAGCAGGCGUCGCAACAGCCUCCCCAGCAGCCUCCCCAGCAGGCUCCUACCCAGCAGCUGAACCGCUCCUGUGAAUCCUGCAGAGCGCUCAAGGUGCGCUGCUUGCCGAACCCCGAUGUCCCCAAUCAAUGCCAGAGAUGUACCAAGGCGAAGAGAGCGUGCAUCUUCGUCGCGCCGCAGAGGCGCCGGCCGCGCAAGCGGACCGAUUCUCGCGUCGCCCAGUUGGAGAGAGAGAUGGCCGCCAUGCGCACCAUGCUGAGAGACCGCCGAUGGCCUCGGGAAGAAACCAUCAAUGAAGACUCUGAUACGGGCAAGGAGGAGGCGGACGAGAUCGACUUUGCGACAGACCCGUCCGAAAAACAACACAACACGUUUCCGAAUAUCACCUUCAAUGGCAACCGAUCGAAUCCAGUCCACCAGCUCAACCAAUCUCCAACGUCCAGAUCGGGCUAUGCGCCAUCGGGCAACGACGGCUCUGUUCUGAGUACUCCGUCUCUCACGCAGAAUGCCAGUUCUCCCGAUUGGCAAGAUGGAGGAGGCGAUGUCAUCGAUCGUGGAAUCAUCUCCAUGGAGACAGCCAACGAGCUCGUAUCCAUCUUCAUCAACGACCUCGUCGACUUUUUUCCUCUUGUUGUACUGCCCGCCAACACGACCGCGUCGCAGCUGCGGCAGUCGAAACCGGUGCUUUUCCUAUCCGUUAUAGCGGCCGCCGCCAUCGCAGUCGACUCGAGCCUCGCCACCACUCUGAACCGGGAAUUGGUCAGUCUCUACGCCCAACGGUUCUUCCUCAAGUGUGAGAAAUCGUUAGAGCUGGUCCAAGCACUUCUCCUGAUGCAUGUGUUCUACCUCCCGCCCGAUAACCCCGCUCAGCUUCAAUUAUACCAGUAUAGCCAUAUUGCCGCAACGAUGGCGUUGGAAAUUGGCAUCGCGUCCAAGCGCCGCGUGUCUCGAAAGCCGCAAGGCGACAGGAAGGCGCGACGUCAGCCCGAGAGAUUCGAUGAACACAUGGCCGAGCAGGCGCGGGCCAUUCUGGGCUGCUAUCACCUGACGUCGACGGUUGCGAUGAGAACACGACGGCAUAAUAUUCUCAUGUACAACGAUUGGUUGAAAGAAUGCGUGAGACUCCUGAGUCGUUCUCCCCUCGAAGUGGACCGGUGGUUUGCCACGUGGUUUGAUCUGCAGAGGAUCACCGAUGAGACCUUGGCAUCUUUCGGGCUCGACGACACGAGUUCCACGGCGCCUCUGACCGAAGCUCGAGUCCAUACGGUUCUCCGAUUGUUCGACAAGCGGAUGGAAGAGUGGAAAGAGGACGUCAGUUCGGAUAUGCUCACCGUUCCCAUGAUUCUCCAUUAUCACUACACCAUCCUUUUCGUUUACGAGCUCGCGGUUGGCGAAGGUUAUCGUGACCCCGAAGCGAUCAAGCGCCAAUACUACACGCUGCCUGCUCCGGAUGACGACAGCAAUCGCAAACAGCCGCCGGAGCCGCUGAGUGCGGUUCGAGUCGACAUUACUCUGAAAUGGUUGAACGCAGCGCACGGGUUGCUGGAUGCCUUUCUGAGCUGCGAUAUCCCUACCAUUCGAAAAAUGCCCAAUCUGUUAUACUCCCGAGUGAUCUUGGGCAUAAUGGUGCUCCUGAAGAUCUUCUUUUCAGUCAAAUGUGGUGCAUUGGGCGAGGUGAUUGGGCCGCAGACGGUGAAUGUCGACAUGUAUCUUGAAACGAUGACGCAGCGGCUCACCGAGGCCAGCGGAGGAUCGAAAUUUGCCAUUCCAGCUCGAUGGCUGCGAGUCGUCGGCGGCAAAGCGCGGGAGUGGUACAAUCGAUUCCUGACGCAUCAGGCCCAGAAAGAGGCGCAGCAGCAGGCGCAGCAGCAAGCGCAGCAGCAAGCGCAGCAGAAUGCCAGUAAAGCAAUCAACACUCCCAUCACCCUGCCGUCGUCGUCAGUGCCUACUACAACGUGGCACGGUCCGCCGCAUAGGGUGACAGCACCCACCACGGACCUGUCCGGCGGGGUACCAGCACCGGUACCACGGACGGACGAUUUCAAUUUACCGUCAGGAGGAGGACAGGCGCCUCUGUUCGACGCGAGCGGCGGUGCCGGUGGCUUCAACACGUCAGACACCGCGACUGCUGCGCCGUGGUUACCACCUGCAUCUGACCAGGGGGUAUAUUCUAUGGGUCAAGCAGGGUAUCUGCCCGGGACGACGACGUGGUCACAGCAGCAGCCACUAUCCUUCCCGAACCCACCUCCUUCAUUUCCAGUGGACCUGGGCCAGGACCUGGGACAGAGCAGUGAUCUGUAUUCUUCGGUGGAGAUGCCGAUGGAAAUGGAGUGGGACUGGGUGCCGGAGGGAGGGAUGUUCCAGCUGCCCAGUUUUUAG